AUGCAUCUCCCUCCCCUCCCCCUCACCCUCACCCUCUCCCUCACCCUCUCCCUCCCCCUCUCCCUCCCCUCCCCCGAAAAAAAAAAUAUGUCCCUCCACCAAGACGGCCUCCUGGGCCAGAAAUGGCUCCCCGCCGACCCCGACAGCAAGCUCUCCUCCCUCGCGCGCAUCACCAAGAACUGCGCCGGCUACCUGCGCCCCUCGUUCCUCACGCGCCCCGGCCGCAGCAAGACCAAGACGCAGCUAGGCCGGACGGCGUACCUCGAUGGCCUGCGCGGUUUCGCCGCGUUUCUUGUGUACUGGCAGCAUCACCAGCUGUGGGCGCACGGGGCGCUGGGGCCGGAUAAGAUCCUCGAGAAUGCGUUCGGAUAUGACAAUCAGUACUAUUUCGCCUGUCUGCCGUUCAUCCGCACGUUCCUCACGGGGGGCCACUUCGCCGUCACGGUCUUCUUCGUCAUCUCGGGAUACGUGCUGUCCGCGAAGCCGCUCGCCUUGAUCCAAGGCGGCGAAUAUGGCAGGCUGGGGGAUACCCUCGCGUCGGCGCUCUUCCGACGCUGGAUGCGCCUCUACAUCCCCGUCAUCGUGACGACCUUCCUCUACAUGACCUCCUGGCACGCGCUGGGCAUCUGGACGGACUCGGACCACCAGGGCACCUACGGCGACGAGCUGAUCAAGUGGUACCGCGACCUCAAGAACUUUACGUUUAUAUUCGACGGCAGCGGGGAUCCGUUUUUCCACUACAACGGCCACGUCUGGUCCAUCCCCGUGGAAUUCAAGGGCUCGAUCGUCAUCUACACCUCCCUCCUGGCCUUCUCGCGGUGCCGCAAGAACGCGCGGCUGUGGUGCGAGCUGGGCAUGAUCUACUACUGCAUGUACAUCGUAGACGGGUCCUUCUUCUCCAUGUUCCUUGCGGGCAUGCUGCUGUGCGACCUCGACCUCCUCGCCGCCAAAGGCGAGCUCCCGCGCUUCUUCGCCCUCUUCGAGCCCUGGAAGGAACUCGUCUUCUUCAACCUCUUCAUCAUCAGCCUGUACCUCGGCGGCGUCCCCUCCAACAGCGCCGACAUCAGCGUCCUCCGCGCGUCGAGCGGGUGGUACUACCUCUCGUUCCUCAAGCCCCAGGCCGUGUUCAACUACAAGUGGUUCUACCUCUUCUUCGCCUCCGUGUCGAUGGUGGCGUCCGUGCCGCAAGUGCCGUGGCUCAAGACCUUCUUCGAGAUGCGCUUUAACCUCUACCUCGGGCGCAUCUCGUACGCCUUCUACCUCAUUCACGGGCCGGUGAUGUGGACGCUGGGAGAUAGGUUAUACGUCGCUGUCGGCUGGUAUAGGGAUGCGCAUCUGAGGGGAGUGCCUGGGUGGGUGAACCUGCUCCCGUUGCCGAAAGCUGGGCCGUUUUUCGGGUUCGAGUUUAGCUUCCUGGUGCCGCAUAUUAUUAUCCUGCCUGUCACGCUGUGGCUGGCCGAGGUGGUGACGAAGACGGUUGAUAAGCCGACGGUGAGGUUUGUGCAGUGGGCGUAUGCGAAGACGUUGGCGCCGGUGCCUGUAAAGUUAUGAUGAGGUUUGGAUUUAUGAUGGGUUGGCGUUGGCGUUGGAUUGGGUGGUGUAUUUUGGGCGGGCUGUAUAGAAUUGGAAUUGGGGGAUAUUUAUAGGAGGAUCUAUAGGAUUGUAUAGAAUCAAAACAUCACAG